CCUCACCUCUUCCUGAUUAGCAACGUUGUCGCUUACUGAUGACGUAAAUUGAGGAAGCGGCAAUAGGUUUUUCUGUUUUGUUUUUUUAAAAAACUUUCACGCUACACCUCAAAAAUGAGUCGAAUAUAUGACAACGCAGUAUUACAAAAUAAACCUGUUCAUUGCGAGAAACUGUCCUCUUCGUGGGAGCCAUCUGUCUAUCAGAGUGGCCCUGGAGUGAUUUUAGAGGGAACUCUUGUUGAUGUGUCUCGCCAUGCACUUACCGACAUCACCAGUAAAAAGGUGCGUUAUAACAUCCUGUACGUCAAGCCAAGUCAAAUCCACUACAGAAAAUAUGACUCCAAGGGCAAUGAGAUUGAGCCCAACUUCAGUGAAACAAGGAAAGUCAACAAAGGCUAUCUUAUGUCAUCCUACAAAUUGGAGGCUAAAGGCGAAUCAGAUCGUCUUACUGAGGAGCAGCUGACGGGCAUCGUGAACAAAAAGGAACUGCUUAGUAUCACACAGAAGCAUUGUCCCAAACAAGCCUUUGCAUUCUGGAUCUUAGAGGCUGAACUGGAGAAGACAGAGCUGGAGAUAGGUCAGGAUAUCCGUUUAAAGACUAAAGGAGAUGGUCCCUUUAUCUUCUCCUUUGCCAAGUUGGAUGCUGGCACAGUGACAAAGUGCAAUUUUGCAGGAGAUGAGGCAGCUGGGGAAUCAUGGACAGACAAAAUAAUGGCAAACAAAGCAGAUGCUCCGAGUAAAGCGAAGCCAGCUGCACUGGGCGAAGGGGCUGAGGAGGAUGAAUGGGAUGACUGACCAGUACCCAGAAUACCUGGCAGAAACUUGUGGCAAGCAUUUUCUCACCCAGACAUACUUUAUACACCCAAAUAUACUUUAUACUGUAAACUCUGAUGUGUCUUUUGUCUGUGUGUUGGGUUUAGUAUUUGGAUUGUGUAAAAUGUUAUGAUUUUAUUAAUUAUAUGAGUGUACAGCUUUCUAGUUAUUAAAGGUAUGACCUUAUUAUGAUCCGAAUAGCAGACUAUAUUUAACUGCAAAAAUUAUUUAAUCCAGUCUUAAUGCAAUUUUAAAAUUUUUAUUGAAGUUUUUAAUAAACAAUUUUUAAUGCAAUUUUUAGUAUUUGGGUUUAGUAUUUAGAUUAUGUAAAAUGUUAUGAUUUUAUUAAUUAUAUCAGUGUACAGCUUUCUAGUUAUUAAAGGUAUGAGCUUAUUAUGAUCCGAAUAGCAGACUAUAUUUAACUGCAAAAAUUAUUUAAUCCAGUCUUAAUGCAAUUUUAAAAUUUUUAUUGAAGUUUUUAAUAAACAAUUUUUAAUAAAUUUUUUAAUAAACUACACAUGAUCAGCCACA